AUGGACUUAAUUGUUAAUUUCAUACUUCUUAGUCAAUGGUACAGUAAUCAAAAGAAAUUAAGCGACUGUUUGAAGGACAGCAAUAAAACCUGCAAAACAUCGAAUACACUCUCUAUAGAUACAAGUGUUAAUGCUGGAAGCUUCUUAUGUUCAGAGGGAAGGCAAGGAUUUGUUGAAAAUUUCCAAUGUGUGAUAAUCAAUUUUGUGGAGAACCAAGAAGCUAUCAUGCCCUGUUACAAAUUUAUCCUACAACUUAUUAAAAACCAAGACAACAAAACGGGUUCUGAAGUCUCUGGGGAAACAUGCGGAAUAACAGAAAAAAUAACAACUUGUAUGGAAGAUAAAACAAAAGAACUUUGUGACGAAAAGACGGUACCAUUUAUUCGUUCUUAUGUACAAGCCUCGAUCAAACCAUUAAUGAAAGGCAUAAAAUGCGACAAUGGUCAGACAACAAUUAAACAGCAGUGGACAUCUCUUAUGAUAUUUGUGACCUUUACAAUUUGUUUAUAUAAUAUUUUGUAUGCAUGAUGACUGAAGAAAAAACUACAGAAUAAAUUGCGUACUCUCAUUUCCCUUUUAAAAUACUUCUCCUUUUUAAUUUUAUCAUUUUAAUUUACCUAAAGCUAUUCAAAAUUGAAAUUGUAAAUGGAUCUUCAAAAACAAUUUGGAAAGGUAAUUGAGUGCGACAAUACCCG